GUACGGAAGGCUUCUUUGGUAAAGAGCGUAUGGCUUUAUAAGUCAAUGAAUACCUUUCUAAUCAAGUAAAAUAAAUGACGUAAGGUCGUGGGAUCUAAAAAAGAGACUGAAGUCUUAUUUUAGAGGAUUUUCCUUUUCCUUUUUGAAUGGAACCCUCCUAUUUCACAAGAAGAAAUGAGUCAGACUCAAGCAACAAUUGAAGAAGUUAUCAAGAACAAUAAAGUUGUUAUCUUUUCCCAGCCAGAUUCCCCCUAUUGUGAGAAAGCAAAAAACUUGUUGGCGCAACUCAAUGUGCAGUUUUUUGAUGUAGAGCUUCCUCCAAAAGAUGUUCAACAAUAUCUCCAGGAAAAGACUGGUCAACAUGAUUUUCCCAACAUCUUUAUCAAUGAACAACACAUUGGUGGCUACAAUAAAUUG